AUGAUGCAAAAGGAGAACACAGACCCCGAAAAAAUAACAUUAUUAAAGGACAAGCAAAAGGAGAAGAAGAAAAAAGUAUUUCCAUCACGUCCCAAGUAUGACCAGAAGUCCUACGACUCCAGCAGUACAGAUAGAUACAGGCGUAUAAAACAACAUAAAAUCACCGUCCAGGGUGUAAGAGAGGAAAAGAAUGAAGAAGGAAGCGAGGCAUUCCAGGGGGACAAAAGGGAGGCUUGGUGGUUUAAGAGAGGUAAAAAGGAGGCAGAGAGGAAACCGGACGACACAUGCUCGUGUGUGUCUUGCGCACUUAAGAAGCUAAUAGGCUCCGAGUACAUGUGCGUGGCGUGUCUACUCGUCCUUUUCACUGUGUCUGUGGCGGUGGCCUUUAUCAUGGUGUUUCGGGCCCCCGUCCUGGAGACGAGACCAGAGCAUGGUGCUGGCAAGGGACUGCAGUUGAGGAAGAGGCAGCUGAACGAAGGAUACGACGGAAAUAACUGGAACACGCUGUCCAACAGUUUACCACAAUACCCUGGAUAUAUGGGAUCAGAUCUUGCUGAUACGAAACUGCAGGGUUCGAGCAGUCUAGAUAACCUAGACGGGAUCAGUGGAGAUCUGUCCAGUGUUCUGGGUUCUGAGAAGCUGGCAGACAGUCAGAACAGCGACAGGUUGCGAGAUUUCUACAAGAAACUGAUACAAACCGACGCACAGAUAAAACGGCUCAAAGAAUCACUAACACACAACUAUCAAACUGAGACUGAUAUCAAAUCGAUAUCGGAAAGAUUCAAAAGGUCCAUGGAAGAUACGAUCGAUAGCAAAAAUGAAUUCAACAGCGUUAAAGAUAAGGUUCAUAAUAACAUUGGCCAAUAUAAAGAUGCGAUUGUCUAUGAUGUUAAAGAAUUAAACAAGCGCGGUAAGAGAUCAAGGGAUAAUAAUACGAAAUUAACUGGUUUUGUGGUGCAGAAGGAGAAGUAUUACGUACAAUAUGAACCCAUUGUUCAGCGAAGGAACUUCCCCAAGUGCUAUCAUGGACACAACGGUAAAUAUCACGAGAAGAAGUUGAAACAUCCCUUCUACAAAAACAGUCAACGUCUAGACGAAAUGCUAUAUGAAAGUGUCGAUAAUGGUAAAACUACUAUUAAAGAUUUGGCAUAUAAUAAAAAUACAAGAAAACCCCAAUCAGAUUCUAGAUAUAGAAUUAAAAAUAACGACUAUUUUGAAAAGGAUGAGGAUUAUAAUGAUACGCCGAAUCAAUUGAAUAUUACGUUGGCUAAGAAUUUAUCAGAACUGAGUACUGAUUAUUUUGAAAAUAAACAAGUAAAUAUACCAGAAUCGACUAUCGAGUCUAUAUUUACGCAGACUAAAGCGCCCAAAGAUCCUAAUGAAAAAAAAUUCGGAUUUGGACGUAAACUGUUGCAAGUCAACGAUGAAGAUGAAGAAGCACUAGGCUACGACGAUCUAAAAGAAGUAUUGGCUGAUGAUCAAAAGACUCACGAUGAAACUGAUAAGCAAAUUGAUAGAAUUAAGCGUAACAAUGACGACACACCAACAAAUUUCAUCAAAUACAACCCAUCGCCCGGUGUUUAUAAUCCCAAUUGGAAAGGACCAAUGCCGCUGUAUCCAGAUGAAAUAAACGCCAUGAUCAAGCAAGCGGCGCUUCACAACCUCAAUAUACAAGUACCGGUCGAUACGAAAGAGACUAAAAUAGAGAAAGAUAAAGCCGAACGCGACAUAACAGAUACGGAGUAUGUAGAAGAUUAUCUUGAUGAUAAAUAUAGUAAAUUAGUUAAUAUGGCACAAGCGUACAGCGAUUAUGGUGUGCUUGAUGCUAAACAGGAUACAAAUGGUGCAACCACCAAGGGACUUGAGAAACCGGAGGAGGGUAUGAAGGUGUUUAAUGGUAUUAGAAAUGGACGUACGAAGAAAGGCGGACACUACGAUCCAGAGGGCGUGAGGAUCGAAUACAAGCCAGGCACUGUGUCCCAAAAGAACGAUGUUAAAUGUCUACUGAACUCAAUCCGCAAGCACAUUAGAUUUGUUAAACCUCACAAAACUGCAGCACACCCAGUGGCAACCCAUACUAAAUCUACAGCAGUUGUUGACAAAGUGUAUACGCCUGCGCAAACAACAGAUAAUUUAAAAGCGAAGUCUCCAAGUCCCUUUAAAGAAUCGAAGAAAGUUAUUUUCACUCUAAAGAAACCGCUAAGAUCUCUCAAAUCACUUGAUAACGAAGAAGUGCAUAUAGUCAAGGAAAAUGGGACUAAUUUGGCUUUCGGCGAUUUUUUUGCAAUGAUGGCUGACUUCUUUUUCUCGAUGGCCAAUGUAUCUGGAGAAUUAAAAGACAAUACAACAUAUAAUCUCUCCAAAGAAAGCGCUGAUAAAGGAAGCGAAAGUGUAAUUUCAUUUCCAAUGUACGAUUCGGAAAUGAUUGAAAACAUUGGCCAUCGAUCCAGAGUGCUGAUGUCUAUUGAUGAUAAUAUAACCACUAGUGCAGAAAAUAAUAAAACUGUUGCGACUUUGAGUAAUGGAACAGUCGCCAAUACAACGUCAGCAACUAUAAAUAAUUCGAAUGUCACAACCACAAGCGACGAUAAAUCUACUGAAAGCAACAAGACAGUGGUCAAAAGAAGUAUUGGGAGCAAUUUCAUUUUCUGGAACGAUCUUUACGACGAUGACGAAUACGGAAUGAGGGUUGAUUAUUUAGAUAGCGUACUGAGAGGUAAACACGCAGCGAAAUACGAUUACAAAGGUGCGUUAAUGAAAUCUAAGGAUUGGGUGCAAGAUAAACUCAAAACUAUGACGGACAAGAUUCGUGACGAUAUCAAUCAGAAAUGGAAGCUGGUUGAGGACAAAAAGUUGAGUACCUUGAAACCAAACCCGAAUAUGCUACCCCAGAAAAUUGUAGGUGUCCGUCGAAUAAGAAGCAUUGAUAAUAAUAAUGGUGAAGAUGACGUUCGUAAGACUUUUGCAGUUUUAAAUGCGAAUUUAAAACACGUGUGCAAGCAGGCAGCCGAGGCUGUAAGGAAUACCAGGAAAGUUGAAACACGUGCAGAGAACGAAGAAGGAACGCAAGCUACGGGUCUGAUGCAGCAGCUGGUCCGGCUAAUGUCUGACCUGGUGGACAUACAAGUACAGCAGAAGACGUGCGCUAAAUUACCACCAGACCUCCGCGACUUCUUGGAAUGGUUGACCGCACCGCCUGAGAACAACCCCAUCGUAGACCAUCUGCCGCCGCUCACUGAAUACAGUCACAUGUUCCCUGAUGGACGAUAUGAAAAAUCCACAGACUUCACAUACGACCUACCAACGCUGACAGAAGACACCCAUCAAGAUGACAGGACGGAGUGCUUAGGCUCGAUCCGCGCAGUCCAGGACUUAAUUCAGCAGUAUGACGGAAUGACUGAUGAGGAUAAAAGUAAAAUGGCGGGAGUGAGAGAGUAUUUAGAAAACCAAUUGGAGUUCUUAAACAGGAAGCUAAAUAGCCUUAAUGAAUAUGACACAUUCAAUUAUAAAAAGAGAGAAGUGAGAAAUAAACGAAGCCUCAAUAAGCCAAGAUUCAGAAGGCUUUUUAACAAACAUUUGUUUGUUAAGACACCAACUCCAAAAACAACGCUGAAGGCGAACACGAAAGCAAAGCAAAAACAGAAAAAUGAUAAGCACAAGAAGAAAGGUCACAAAAAGGGAAAAAAUAAGGAGAAAUUGAUUGCAAAAGGUGAAAAUCAAACGGUUAAAACGGAGCAAGAGAAACUUCGAGAGGAAUUGAAACAUUUAGAUAGAAUUGUGAAUAAUAUAGACAUUGCUACUAAAGAAAAGACGACAAAUAAAAAAGGGUUUGCUGAAUAUAAUGAUGACUUAAAUGCAGCUGAGGAUAAUGAUAACGGUGUAUAUUUUAAUGACAAAUUAGACAUCAUUAAUGAUGCUAAAGUGAGAAAUGAAAGAAAUCUCAGAGACGUGUAUUUUAAGGCUCUAGAUGAAGCUAAAAAGACGACUGUAUGGAAGACAAAGUGGUGGGAGCACGGAGAUCAACGGCCGCACUCAGUCAGCGAGUUAUCAGCGGCCGCGUAUAUCGCUCUUAUCAGUGGGUUAUCACUUAUCGCAUCAAGGUUGUGCCGCCACGCGUGUGCUGCUAACGGAACGCUGCUGUUCGUUUUAGCAUUGAUUGCGAGGGACGUCGCUGGUUCCAACUAA